CAAUCAUGCAUAUCAAUGUGUUGACCCGUUCUUGAUGCAUAUACAAUUGUGUGUCAUCUCCUACCUUACAUUAACAACUAAUCUAGCCUGUUGCAGUUCAAUCAGAGCUUCUGACCUUGCAAAAGGAUGAGCUGCUAAAAGCAUUUCAGUGGCAGCUCAAGAGAGAGAAGAGAGAGAAAUAGAAACUGCCCAAACAUGGGGGUUUCUCCAUGGAUUAUCAUCUUCUUGUUGAUUGUUCUUGUGCAAGCUUUUGUCGCUUCGGCCGAUACGAACGCACAGGACACUUCUGGACUUAACGGGCUUGCAGGUAGCUGGGGCAGCGCACCAUCGAAUUGGGCUGGCAACGAUCCAUGUGGAGACAAAUGGAUUGGGAUAAUUUGCACCGGGAACCGGGUCACAUCCAUAAGACUGUCAAGUUUCGGACUGUCCGGGACGCUUUCCGGGGACAUUCAGUCCUUAUCAGAAUUGCAGUACCUGGACUUAUCCUACAACAAGAACUUGAAUGGCCCCCUUCCUUCAACCAUUGGAACCUUGAGCAAGCUCCAAAACUUAAUUCUUGUCGGCUGCGGCUUUACAGGUGAAAUACCAAAGGAGAUAGGCCAGCUCUCAAACCUGAUAUUUCUAUCAUUGAACUCCAACAAGUUCACUGGUAGCAUACCGCCAUCGCUUGGCGGCCUCUCAAAGCUAUAUUGGUUUGAUCUGGCUGACAAUCAGCUCACUGGAGGACUUCCAAUAUCCAAUGCGACAAGUCCUGGUCUGGACAAUCUCACAAGUACUAAGCACUUCCAUUUUGGGAUAAACCAGCUCUCUGGCAGCAUACCUAGCCAGAUUUUCAACUCAAAUAUGAAGCUGAUACAUCUGCUUCUUGACAACAACAAAUUCUCCGGUAGCAUCCCUUCUACCUUAGGCCUUCUUAAUACACUGGAAGUUCUGCGUUUCGAUAACAAUGCGCAGUUGACCGGACCGGUUCCUACCAACCUCAAGAACCUAACCAAGCUUGCAGAAUUCCAUCUAGCAAACAGCAAUCUUACUGGUCCAUUGCCAGACCUAACUGGAAUGAGCUCACUCAGCUUUGUGGACAUGAGCAACAACAGCUUCAGUGCAUCUGAUGCGCCCUCCUGGAUAACCACUUUGCCAUCGUCAUUGACUUCACUGUACCUAGAAAAUCUGCGCAUCAGUGGGGAGGUACCGCAAAGUCUCUUUAGUCUCCCUUCAAUUCAAACACUGAGGCUUCGGGGCAACCGUCUGAAUGGCACCCUAAAUAUAGCAGACUUCAGCAGUCAGCUCCAACUAGUCGAUUUGCGGGACAACUUUAUCACAGCACUAACUGUAGGAACACAAUACAAGAAGACUCUCAUGCUCUCAGGAAAUCCAUAUUGCAACCAAGUGAACGACGACGUGCACUGCAAAGCCACCGGACAAUCGAACCCGGCAUUGCCACCAUACAAGACUACCUCCAACUGCCCUGCCCUGCCUCCCACAUGCCUCUCAACCCAGCAGCUGAGCCCAACCUGCAUUUGCUCUGUGCCAUACAGAGGCACACUCUUCUUCAGAUCACCAGGUUUUUCAGACCUGGGCAACAGCUCAUACUUCAUUCAGCUGGAGGGGACAAUGAAAGCCAAGUUCUUGAACCUCAGUCUCCCGGUCGAUUCAAUUGCGAUCCACGACCCGUUUGUCGACACCAACAACAACUUGGAGAUGAGCUUGGAGGUGUACCCCAGUGGCAAGGAUCAGUUUAGUGAGCAAGACAUUUCUGGCAUUGGUUUCAUCCUGAGUAACCAGACAUAUAAGCCUCCUUCUAACUUUGGCCCAUACUAUUUCCUUGGACAGACCUACUCCUUUGCUAAUGGGGCGUUGCAAACUUCAAAAUCGAACACAAACCACAUCCCGCUUAUCGUCGGUGCUUCGGUUGGAGGUGCAGCUGUAAUUGCAGCAUUGCUUGCACUCACAAUCUGCAUUGCUAGAAGGAAGAGAAGUCCAAAGCAGACUGAAGAUAGGAGCCAGUCUUAUGUUUCCUGGGACAUCAAGAGCACCAGCACUAGCACUGCCCCGCAGGUGCGAGGUGCGAGGAUGUUCUCCUUCGACGAGCUGAAGAAGGUCACCAACAACUUCUCGGAGGCCAAUGACAUCGGCACCGGAGGCUACGGGAAGGUUUACAGGGGAACACUUCCUACUGGUCAGCUGGUUGCCGUGAAGAGAUCCCAGCAAGGCUCCCUGCAGGGCAACCUCGAGUUCAGGACUGAGAUCGAGCUCCUGUCCAGGGUUCAUCACAAGAAUGUCGUCAGCCUAGUCGGAUUCUGCUUCGACCAGGGCGAGCAGAUGCUUGUCUACGAGUAUGUCCCCAAUGGCACCCUCAAGGAGAGCCUCACAGGGAAAUCUGGUGUGAGGCUGGACUGGAAGCGGCGGCUCCGGGUUGUCCUCGGUGCGGCGAAGGGUAUCGCCUACCUGCAUGAGCUCGCUGACCCUCCGAUCAUCCACCGUGACAUCAAGUCGAGCAAUGUUCUCCUCGAUGAGCGGCUCAACGCCAAGGUCUCCGACUUCGGCCUGUCCAAGCUUCUCGGCGAAGACGGUCGUGGCCAGAUCACCACCCAAGUCAAGGGCACAAUGGGGUACCUGGACCCGGAGUACUACAUGACGCAGCAGCUGACGGACCGGAGCGACGUGUACAGCUUCGGCGUGCUGCUGCUGGAGGUGAUCACGGCGAGGAAGCCGCUGGAGCGCGGCCGCUACGUGGUCCGGGAGGUCAAGGAGGCGGUGGACCGCCGCAAGGACAUGUACGGCCUCCACGAGCUCCUCGACCCCGCGCUGGGGGCCUCCUCGGCGCUCGCCGGCCUCGAGCCGUACGUCGACCUGGCCCUCCGCUGCGUCGAGGAGUCCGGCGCCGACCGCCCCUCCAUGGGCGAGGCCGUCGCCGAGAUCGAGCGGAUCGCCAAGGUGGCCGGCGCUGGGGGUGCGGCCGCCGCCGAGUCGGCGGCGUCGGACUCCAUGAGCUACGCCGCUAGCCGGACGCCGCGCCACCCCUAUGGCGGCGGCGGCGGCGACAGCGCGUCGGAGUAUAGCGGCGGCGGGCUGCCGUCGAUGAGGGUGGAGCCCAAGUGAAGAUGGUGGAUUUGUUUCCAACGUUUUGUGUACAGCUUGAUGAUUUAGAGUAUGUACGAUUUCAUUUGUGUAAAUUUUGGUCGUCUAUGCAUGCUAAGUUUGGAUUUUUGAAUUUGAAUGUUUGAUGAUGGCUAAUUGAGAAUUUGGGGUCGUUGUCAAUCGAACUAUACCCAAAAAAAAAAAACCAGUUUUCUUUUCAGCUUGUGUUUCAUGUGUAUUAGUACUCAUUUGGAUAAGUGCAUCUCUGUAUUAUGCUAACAAUCUAUUGAAGUAACCGAGAAGAAAAAGGAUAGGGUAUUUUGCUGAAA